AUGAAACAACAAACAACCAAUCCUUAUGAAAAAUAUUAUAAUAGAAGGUUGUGGCUAGAAAAUGAAAUAAAGGAUCAGAAAAAUCCGUUAUACACUUUAUUUAAACAAUCUCGUUAUUUAAAAUUUAUAAUGACUCAAUAUGAAAGAGAGAAUAAUGUUGAAUUAAUACCCUGUAAAGAAAUUAAAUCAUUUUAUCAACGGUUAAAAAAUUAUAACGAGUUAUCAUCGAUUAAACAACAUUUUAAUAAUACGGAGGAGAAUGGAUAUGCGUCAAUUACAUUACUGAUAGAGAACAUGAUAGAAGUAUUACAUCAUACGCCAAGAAAUAAUAUAAAAGAUAUAGAAUUAACAAGAAAUCUUGAUAUAUUGUUUAAGGAUUGGCCAACAGAUCAAAAAGAAAUUGACGAGCAUGAUCCUAUAUUAAAUUUUGAUGUAUCUAAUAUUAAUUUAGUAAUGAAUGUUUGUGAUGAAUUAAAGACUUGCAUCGAAAAUUUACUAGAAGAUAAUGGAUCUUUUGAUAAGGAAGGAGGAAAUGAUAAUUCUAAAUUGAUUUACUAUAUUAAACAUUAUAAUGAAAUAUUAUCUGAUAUUGAAGAUAAAAAUGAAGAAAAUGAAGAAGCAAUUGAGACGAGAAAAGUUGAUAAAAGACAAAUUAAUGAAAUUAAUGAGAGUGAAGAAGAGAUUAUUGUGGCCAAUAGCGAAAGUUCCAAUGCAAGUACUGUUAAUGCAAGCAAUACUAAACGUUCUAAAUUUUCUUUAAGAAAAAAAACUGAUGAAAAACCUAAGGAUUUGGUAAGUUCGAAUACGCGUCGUCGUAGACGUGGACGUGGAGCAAAAAAAUAA